AUAUUAAAAUAUUUUCCUACACAAAUUAUUCGAAGUCAACAAUAUUGAAGCCAUGCAAGCAGUAAUAUACGAACAUGAGAUGUACGCUGUUGUAUAAUAAUCAUGUGUAAACAUGAUCAUUAUAUCAUAUUACAUUAGUUAUAAUAUGAAACACCCUGUAUAUAUAUAUAUAUAAGUUAUAAGAUAGAACUUUCUUAUUAUAAAAAAUUAAAAUAAAACUUGAUCUAUCAUUACAACUUAACAUGGUGUCAGGUGAAAAAUUUAAAUGAGUGGAAAAAGUCUUUAGUCAAAUAAAAAAAAAAAAUAAAAAAAAAUGUCCAAUGAUAUAAAACCACUAGGUGUGGUUGCUAAAAUUAAUUUAAAAGCCUCUAAUAUGGCGGCAGAGUGGAAAAAUUGGAAGGAACAAUUUCAAAUUUAUCUUACUGCAUCCAAAUUAGAUGGCGAAUCUAAUGAAAGGAAAGUGGCCUUGCUAUUACAUCAUAUGGGCUCAGAAUCCUUCCAUGUCUUUAAAUCUUUUGACAAAGAUAUUGAUUCGGUAAAGUAUGAUGAUCUUGUCAAAUUAUUUGAUCAUUACUUUAUACCGAAAAUUAACUUGGCAAUGGAACGCCACAAUUUCUUUACGAGGAAACAAAAUUGUGGUGAGACUAUUCAUGAUUACGUAACAGCACUAAAAAAUCUAAGUCAAACGUGCGACUUUGGAGUUCUAAGAGACAAUCUUGUAAAAGAUAUUUUUGUUUGUGGAAUAUCUUCAAAUUUUCAACACAUUAAAGAAAGACUCUUAAGUGAAGGUAACAUAAGUUUGGAUAGAGCAGUCACAAUUGCCCAAAGUAUUGAAGCCGCCCGUGAGAACGCUAGCCAAUUGGAAGGACUAGGGCUUAAUAUAUUGCAAAGAAAAGUCAGAGAUUCCACACAAAAAGCAUGCAAAAAGUGUGGUCAGGUACAUAAAAAUAAAUGUCCCGCCGAAAACGCUGUUUGUCAUAAUUGCCAUAGAAAAGGUCAUUAUGCAAAAAUGUGCUUUAAUAAAAAACAACAAAGUGGCGUUAAUUUUAACAAGUAUAGUCAACAAAACCAACAAAGUGGCGUCAAUUUUAACAGUUAUGGUCGUCAAAACAUACAACACCAACACAAUGGAAAAAAAUAAAUAAGAAAAUUGUCAGACACCAAUAAUGAAGAACUAUUUAUUGGUACUUUGUCACUUGUUCGCAAACAACAACAACAA